AUGCCUCCUGAAAAUGCUUCCUUUGUGACUGAAUUCAUUCUGGUGGGGCUAACAGACUUGCCAUAUUUCCAGCUUCCCCUGUUCUGCCUGUUUCUAGUCACCUACAUGGUCACUGUGUUGGGAAAUUUGGGUUUGGUGACCCUAAUCAAGCUGAAUGCACACCUGCACACCCCCAUGUACUUUUUCCUUUUCAAUUUGUCCUUCAUAGACCUCUGUUAUUCUUCUGUGUUUACACCCAAAAUGCUGAUUAACUUCCCAUUGAAGAAGAAUAUUAUCUCCUAGAGGGGAUGCAUGACCCAGCUUUAUUUUUUGUGUGGUUUUGGUAUUUCUGAAUGUUAUGUGCUGACAUCAGUGGCCUAUGAUUGCUAUGUGGCCAUCUGUAACCCACUUUUAUAUAAUGUUGCCAUGUCCCCCAAAGUGUGUUUCAUCCUUAUGCUUGGUUCAUACUUGGUGUCAUUUUUGGAAGCCAUGGCUCACACUGGAUGCAUGCUGAGACUGACCUUCUGUGAUGCAAACACUAUCAACCAUUAUUUGUGUGACAUCCUCCCUCUACUCCAGCUCUAUUACACGAGUACCUAUGUCAAUGAGCUGGUGGUUUUCACUGUGGCAGGCAUCAAUGUGAUUGUGCCCAGUGUCACCAUCUUUGUGUCUUAUGGUUUCAUCGUGUCCAGCAUCCUGCGCAUCAGCUCCACUGAGGGCAGGUCCAAAGCCUUCAGCACGUGCAGCUCCCACAUAAUUGCUGUUUCUCUCUUCUUUGGAUCUGGUGCAUUUAUGAAUCUUAAACCAUCUUCUGCUGGGUCUGUGGAUGAGGGGAAAAUCUCUUCUAUCUUUUAUACCAUUGCAGUUCCAAUGAUGAACCCCUUCAUUUACAGCUUGAGAAACAAAGACAUUAAACGUGCUGUGAAGAAAACUCUGAAUCAGAUACAGAUGCUUGAUAUCACUAAAACCUUGACUAUGAUUUAA